AUGGAAAAUAAACAGAUAGGUGAAGCGAAUCCCCCUUCGCUUGGGAUAAUCUCAAACACUAUCAUCCAAAGGACCCUCAUCAAACCACAGGAGCGUGAUCCCUAUGAUCCAAAUGUCACAUUUGAGGAAUACGCAUUUUUCGCGGAAAAAACCAGGACAGAGGAGAUGGCAUCGGAACCUCCAGCCCUCAAUUUGCGGCAAGCCCUUGGUGAUGUGAACAUUCGGGGGCGAUUCGCCAGGCCUAGUGCUCACGCUUUUCGAGCCAUAUGCGAUUUUUUGUGUGAGAAGGAAGAGCAAGAAAGCUACAACUCAAGGCUAGAGAUUACUGAUGAGGAAUGGGCAAAUGCAAGCCGUUCGUUUAGGUCUUCAUCAUGGGUUGCGUGUUUUUUUCUUAUCACGACUGAUAUUUUGGGACCUUAUAGUACCGGUUUCACGAUGGGCACAUUGGGCUGGGGGCCAGGUGAGUAG